AUGGAAGGAAAUACAGGCAAGAGCAUGGAAGAAAACCAUGCCAUUGUAGUAAGUGCUGAAACUUUACGUGCGAGUCAAACUUUGAGGCGUUAUUCAUUAGGCUACAGAUUUACUCCUCUUGAUCAAGAACUCAUCCAUGGUUAUCUUCUUCGCAAAAUCAAGGGCUUAUCUUUACCCACCAAUCUCAUGCAUGAAGUUGACAUUUACCUUCAUAAUCCUGAAUACCUUGCUGUAAAUUACGAACCACAAGGCGAUAAAAUAUGGUAUUUCCUUACACCAAGAGUCAAAAGAUACAAAAAGGGGAGCCGUCCAAAUAGAAGCGCCGAAGAUGGAUAUUGGAAAGCAACAAGAGUUGAAAAGACUAUUAAGACUAAUGAUGAUCAAGAAAUUGGAUUCAAGAAAACAUUGGUUUACUACAGAGGAAAUAAUGCUUCUGAUGGUGUUAAAACUAACUGGAUUAUGCAUGAAUUUAGGAUCAAUGGUCCUUCCCUGUUAGGUCCUUCUCUCAAGUGGAAAAGAGAUAUGCUGUUGGACUAUGUCCUAUGUAGAAUCCAACAAAAAAAACAAAAAACUGAGCCAGUAGAACUUGAUGAGGAAGGUAAUAACUCGUCUGCUGAAGAGGAAGGAAACAACAGCAACAACGACACCAACGCCAACGCCGACGCCGGCGCCGACGCCGACACCAAAAUCGACAUCGACCUCAAAAGAUGA